GAAAGACAAAAGGGUGAGGGCUUAUGUUUGUCUUUGCUCUGUGUGGUCUCAACUACACAUCUCUGUUGAUAAGGAUCAUACCAACCAGGUAGAGACAGAAAGGGCAAUGGAAAGUACUGUUUUCUCUACUGAACUAUGCAAGAUGUUUUAGAAGAUACUAAAACGAGUGAAAGUGAUAAUUGAUGUGAUCAAGGACUUGCAGUCUAAUCAAGAUAUGAAUAAAGGAGAAUACAAUGAGGAGACAGCAAAUAUAGAAAAAACUAACGUAAAGCAUGACAUUGAUGCAAAUUGACCUAAAACGGUGGUUAUUUUUGAUGUCUCCAGUCGACAAAUGAAACACUUUCAAUAGUUGUGCACGGACAACAGGCAUAAAGCAAUGCUGUGUCCGCCAAAGUCGCCCUAUUCUGGAGGCUCUCUAAUUUUGCUCUAACUUUUUAUUGCAAACAAUUUUAUUUUAUCUGUAUAAGCAUUGCAGCUGUGACAGUCCAGUUCUGCCAGGACACAGAUCCGUAAAGGUCAGCCCUGCACCCUAAGCACCACGGGAGAAGGAGCAGGACAAGCAAUGGCUUUUACUCCGUCCUCUUCUGCAUGGGAUAGAUAGUUCCAUAAUGGGGGCUGUGGAGGAUAGAGCAUCCAUGAGAGUCACUCUUGUGUUGCUCUGGCUUGAGGUGUCUCUGAUGUCUUCCAGCCUCUCCCAGGCUGGGCCCGCCCAACGUCUCAGUUCUCCAGAAGUGGUGACCCCCUUGAAAGUGACCAGCAGGGGCAGAGGUGCAAAGACUCCAGGCUGGCUCUCCUAUAGCCUGCUAUUUGGGGGCCAGAGACAUGUUGUUCACAUGAGGGUCAAGAAGCUGAUGGUUUCCACACACCUCCCUGUACUCACCUACACAGAACAACAUGCCCUCUUGGAGGAUCACUCCUUCAUCCCCGAUGACUGUUACUAUCAUGGUUACGUGGAAGGGGCCCUUGAGUCUCUGGUUGUUUUCAGUGCCUGUUGGGGGGGACUGCGGGGAGUGUUACAAAUAAAUGACCUCAUGUAUGAAAUUGAACCCAUCAGGCACUCUGCUGCAUUUGAACAUCUGGUUUAUAGGCUAAACAGUAAUGAGACACAAUUCCCACGCAUGAAGUGUGGUUUAACAGAGAAGAAAACUGCACGCCAGCGCUUGGAAUUGGAAGUCGGUGAGAACUUGGUUCAGAAAAACAAUUCUGCUGGUGACUGGUGGACCCACAUACAGUUUCUGGAGCUGGUUGUAGUGAUAGACCAUGAUUUCUUCGUUUACUCCCAAAGCAAUUUGUCAAAAGUUCAAGAGGACAUGUUUCUUGUUGCCAAUAUAGUGGAUUCUCUGUAUCAUCAGUUGAGUACUUAUGUGACUUUGAUUGGGCUUGAGAUUUGGAAUCAAGGAAAUAUUUUCCAGAUGACAAGUAUAGAACAGGUUUGGAGUGAUUUCUCUCAGUGGAAAAAAACCAGGCUUUCCCAGCUACAGCAUGACGCCGCACACAUUUUCAUAAAAAGUUCACGCAUAAACAUACUUGGUCUAGCCUAUGUUGCAGGAAUAUGUCGUUCUCCUAUUGACUGUGGAGUUUGUAAUUUCCAAGGAGACCCCUGGUCUCUCUUUGCUAAUACUGUGGCCCAUGAGUUGGGUCAUAUUUUGGGUAUGCAGCAUGACGAGGAAUUCUGUUCGUGUGGGAAAAGUGGUUGCGUCAUGAGUGCUCUCAGAAUACCAAAAGCAGAGAGAUUCACCAAUUGCAGCUAUGUUGAUUUUAUGAAAACCAUUUUAAAUCAAGGAUCAUGUCUGCACAAUUUUCCAAGACCAGUAAAAGUCUUUCUGCCUAAUCGCUGUGGGAAUGCUGUGGUUGAAAGAGAAGAGGAGUGUGAUUGUGGAGCUAUACAGCAGUGUGAACAUGAUCCCUGCUGUUUGUUGAACUGUACUCUGAGGCCUGGAGCUGCUUGUGCUUUUGGACUGUGUUGCAAAGACUGCAAAUUCAUGCCAUCCGGGGAACUGUGCAGAGAGCAGGUCAAUGAAUGUGACCUUCCAGAGUGGUGCAAUGGGACCUCCCACUGGUGCCCAGAAGAUGCACAUGUGCAGGAUGAGAUACCCUGCAGUGAAAAUGCCUACUGUUAUCAAAAGCAAUGUAAUAACCAUGACCAACAGUGCAGGGAGAUUUUUGGCCAAAAGGCACAGAGUGCACCUCAGAAUUGCUAUAGGGAAAUCAACUCUCAGGGAAACACUUUUGGCCACUGUGGUAUAAAUGGCACAGUAUACCUGAAAUGUAAUAUGUCUGACAUCUUUUGUGGGAGAAUUCAGUGUGCAAGUGUGGAAGACAUGCCGCAUAUCCGAGACCAUUUUGUUUUGCAGAACGUGCAUGUCAGUGGUGUCCCAUGCUGGAGUAUCGGCCAUCGCUUAGGGGUGAGCAUACCUGACAUUGGUGAAGUGAAAGAUGGCACUGCCUGUGGAGCAGGAAAGAUCUGCAUUCACAAGAAGUGUGUCAGUCUAUCCGUCCUGCCACGAGUCUGCCUUCCUGAGACUUGCAAUAUGAGGGGGACCUGCAAUAACAAGAAUCACUGUCACUGCACUGAUGGGUGGUCCCCACCCGACUGGCUGCACAGAGGCUAUGGAGGUAACAUUGACAGUGGCCCAGUGUCUACAGCAAAAAGAGUUUUCCUGACACUAGUUGUGAUUCUUUCUGUGUCCGUUUUGAUGUGUCUCUUGAUGGUUGGGCUUUACAUAUAUUCUCGAAUGCGUUCUGGUCCCGAGCAGACUGAAGAUCACUCAUCAUGUUAAGAAAAUGUCUCUAAUUUAAAAUCCUGUGCAUGAUUAAGGUUUAGUUCCCAGGCAGUAGAAAUGUUAGCACAUGCCCCAAACUGAGCACAUUUGUGACAGUUUACAGAAAGAUACAGGGAGCUUUCCUUUCUAAGGGUCAGAAACUUUGUCAUUAAAUACAGGUAAUUCUUAACGUGUUCCUACCUAGUGUUCAUGGUCUGAAACAGCAAAUAAAGCUCAUUUCCUGC